GUAUUUUAGAAAGUUCUAUAAAUUUUCGAAAAAUAUGAACAACUUACUUAAUAGUAUGAAUCUUCCUAAAGAUUUAUUAGUAUUAUCUUCUUUACCUGUUACUAGGAAUAUCAGGAAAAAAAGAAUGUAUGAUAAGCUAUGUGAAGACGAAACACCGGAGUUACCAUUAGACAAGUUCAGAGUUGAAACAUAUUAAACAAUAAUUGACCAGAUUACUAAUAGUCUAAAUGAACGUUUCACCCCCAAUAAUCAAUUGAUAGCAGAUGUUCAAUACUUGAUCCCUAAAAAUUUUAAACAAAUAAAACAAGUUCCAAAUACAGCUUUAAAACAUUUGGAAAAUUUAGCAAAUGUAGAUCAUGAUUCAUGAUGUGUGUUAUUUGGAUUCUUGAAGACCAUUUAAAUAUUGCUAAAUGUAAUGCAACCUACAUCAGCAUGACUAUACAAAAUGACCUGAUAGAAUGUUGUGGAGAGAUGUAAUAAAGAAUAAAAUUUUAAACAAUGUUCAUAAAUCAAAAUUAUUUAGUAUUUUAGCUGAUGAAACAACCGAUAAUAGUAUAUCUGAACAAUUUUAAUUUUGUGUUAGAUAUUUUGGUACAGAUAAGUGUACCGUUGAAGAAUACUUUAUCGGGUUUACAAAAGUUGAAAACGUUACUGGAGAAAAUUCGACUGUUACUAUAUUACGAUUAUUGAAAGAAUAUAAUUUAGAUAUUUCAUUACUUAGAGGCCAAGGAUAUGAUGGAGCAGCUAACAUGAGCGGUCCAUUUAAAGGAGUAAAAUCGAGAAUUUUAAAAUUACAACCUCUUGCUCUUUAUACUCAUUGUGCAAACCAUAGAUUAAAUUUAGUUUUAAAUAAAGCUAGUUCUAUUCCUUCAAUACGCAAUACAAUUGGAAUAAUUACAAAUAUAAAUAAUUUUUUAAGAGAAUCUGCUAUAAGAACAAAUCAUUUAAGUUCAAAAAUAACAGAGCUUUUACCUACUCAAAAAGCAGUUAAGGCUAAAAAAUUAUGUGAUACUCGUUGGGUCGUGGUAUAUUUUUAAAUAAAUUUUACAAGAAUGAUUAUUAUGCCUCUCCUGUCAAAAUAUUCUGGAUCCGCCGUUGAUCAUGAACAACUUUGUUUAGAACUUAAACAUUUUUCUAAAGUAUAUCCAAAACUAAAAAUAUCUACAAUAGAAAUAACUAAACAAAUCUACCGUCAAUUUGAUACUGAUUCAGAUAUAGAUAACGAUGAAGACAAAAUAUGUUCUGAUACAGCAUUUUCUUAUAAUAACAAAAACAUCAUACAUGACACUAACAAUUUCCUACCAUAUGUAUAUAAACUGUUAUACAAUUUAAACAUGCAUGUCUCAGCUUAUACUCAAUUAUGUGCUUCAUAUGAAUUUUUUCUUACAUUGUCAGUCACCGAGGUAAACUGUGAGAGAACUUUCAGCAAACUAAAACUUGUUAAAACAAGACUUAGGGCUAAUAUGAGUCAAGAUAAUUUAGAAGCACUUUUAAUUAUGUUCAUCUGUUGUAUAUAAUCGUGACAUUGUGAUUUUUUUAUUGUUUUAU